ACAUUUCGGUCAGUGUGUGUGUCACAUGUUGAUGAGGCCGUGCUGCUGAAAUACACAAACAGCCGUGAGAAAUGUCUGAAAUAGACUAUAAAGACAGACAAUGUUGAAAUCUACCAAAGUGGGCAGAAAUAUAACAAAACUUGCAGUGAGAGUAAACUAGUCUAGUCUAUGAAAUUACAGCGGUUCAUGACCGCUUCACGAACAGUGGGCAAUUAAUGUGAUGAGUUUCUAUUCUCAUAGAGUCCUCCUGUCGAAGAUGAGAAUAGGACAGAGGUGUCGAAUUUAACUCUUAGGGAUGCUGUUCACGUCGCCAUCUCUCCAAAGGCUGAAUCUCAAGAGUUGAUAUUGUAAUGAUUCAACUUGUCACAGUUUUACAACAGCCAUAUACUACAUGAACAUUUGGGCAUAAGCUGCGAGGAGCGCUGACUUGAAUGACCACUUUCUCUGCUCUGUCUGCUCAGCCGUGGUUAACUCUAUUCAGCGGUGAGAUUUUCCUACGUCUCUUUCUUCUGUCUCAAUCUCAACGCUUUCGAUUGGAGCAUCACCAAUGCCGAUCAUUUUUUAGCCUGCUGAUUUCCAUUUGCGCUGCGAGCGCGAGGAAAUACGCUACAAAACUAGGUUAUAACGAACAAGCCGCCCAGUACAGGAAUUAUAGGGCGACUACCCGAGUGUCAGGAAUACGGGCUACAUUCGCUGAUGGACUAACCGAACCAACUGCAGCCACAAGCCUACCAGCGGAGCCAAAACGGGGAGGGGAGAAAGAACAGUUUCAAAUCCCUGACGGUUAUUUCUCAAAGGACCCUCGGGACAGGAAAUCUGACCACUUCUAAUUGUGGAAAACUGCUUUGUGACCGUUACACAUGCUUUUGUUAUGCGCGGUAUGGGUGUAAGGACCGUAUUUUAAAGAUACCCAGCAGAUACCAGGCAGUCACAAUACAACCUAUCAAACUCCGUCCAACCGGGCACUGGUGGUAUACGGCUGCAUGCCUUAUCAGAACAUAUAUUUUUGUCGUUUCUUCGGACGUAUUUUGAGAUUAUUUGAAGCAGCUUUGGAUACUUUGUUUUUGCGUUGCAUGUGAAUUGAAAGGAGCCUGGAAUUGGCCUCUAUAUGACUUUUCUAUCUUAUAUGAAUGAGUUGGAUAGUGGAACGAGAGGAGAGCGACACAAAUAAACAACGUGGACUCAACACUAUUCAUAUUGAGAUAAUUUCGUUGUGAUUUUGAUAGACAUUAUUUACUCAUAUUUUAGGCUAUGCCUUAAAUCCAUUUUAUAGUUCGCAUUAAAUAGUUAUUAAUGUAACGUUUUGUUUUGGACUGCUCACUUUUCCAUACGGGGGUCAUAUGGUGUAACUGGAGGGGUCAACUGCUAGGGUUUCAGUCAAGCAGUGACAGAAAUAAACGAAUCAUUAUCACCCUAGUCUGCCCGCGACCAUUCGGUGACUCACGUGCCAGCCUCAGUGAUGGUCGGAAUAGAGAUCUAACAAGACAGCAACCCUGCUCAUGCGACCAGGUACAUUUCAAAUAUCUGUGAAGCGAAUCGUGGCUGAAUAACGACAUGGAUAACAUUUAGCUGACGGGAUAUGCGGGAUAUACGCUGCACCGGCUAGAUAGAACAGCACCCUCUGGCUGUUGAUGGAGAGGAUUUCGAAUGACAGCCGGGACAGUGGUCAUCACAGGCGGUAUUUUAGCUACAGUUAUAUUACUGUGCAUCAUCGCAGUACUGUGUUACUGUAGACUGCAGUAUUAUUGCUGUAAGAAGGAGGAGUUGGAGUCGGAGGAGGAGGAGCCUGACUUUGCAGUGACGUCCCGCCUCCCACCAGUCCACUCCAACCAUAACAUCGUGGCGGCGUCGGUCGCCGCCUCCACCCCUAACGGCCCCGCCCUCUUCACACCGCCUUUAGCGCGGAAACUAACGCGCUCGCAGACAUUCUGCCCGUCGUGCACACACCAUGACGUGCCCUUCUACCUGCAGCAUCCGGAUGGCCUGCGGAACGGCGGCGACCGCAUCAGCUACCGUAGCAUCCAACAGCAUGACCUGGAACUGCCCUUAGAAAUGCCCAGCUACCACAAACUGAACCUGACCCGGUCAGUCACCAUGAGGGACAUGUUCAACCGCAGCUGCAGCAUCAGCACUGACGUCUAGUGGUGUCGGCGCCACCCCGUGGCAUGGAGGACUCAUGGAAACAGAUAGAUACAUACAAUGGGGACAGAUAGUGGGACAGCAGCUCGACAAUCACUGCUCCAUGUCCCUCGGUCUUAUGCUGAGAUAAAACCACACAUUAACUGGUGAAAAGAUAAGCAUCAAACAAAAUCCACCCUCACCUCAUCCGCUUGGUCUGUGGUGAGUAGGAUGUUGACCCUCAAAUAAAACAGUUUCUACUCUGUCUGGACUCGUAUUGGAUUACCCUAAACCUAAACGGUCUAACUAAACCACCCUCCCAUCUAGCUAAACCACCCUCCGGUCAAACUAAACCACCCUCCCAUCUAACUAAACCACCCUCCGGUCAAACUAAACCACCCUCCAGUCUAACUAACCACCCUCCGGUCUAACUAAAACACCCUCCAGUCUAACUAAACCACCCUCCAGUCUAACUAAACCACCCUCCGGUCUAACUAAAUUACCCUCCGGUCUAACUAAAUUACCCUCCGGUCUAACUAAACCACCCUCCGGUCUAACUAAACCACCCUCCAGUCUAACUAACCACCCUCCGGUCUAACUAAACCACCCUCCGGUCUAACUAAACCACCCUCCGGUCUAACUAAAUUACCCUCCGGUCUAACUAAACCACCCUCCGGUCUAACUAAACCACCCUCCGGUCUAAAUAAAUUACCCUCCGGUCUAACUAAACCACCGGUCUAACGAAAUUACCCUCCGGUCUAACUAAACCACCCUCCGGUCUAACUAAACCACCCUCCGGUCUAACUAAAUUACCCUCCGGUCUAACUAAACCAUCCUGCGGUCUAACUAAAUUACCCUCCGGUCUAACUAAAUUACCCUCCGGUCUAACUAAAUUACCCUCCGGUCUAACUAAACCACCGGUCUAUCGAAAUUACCCUCCGGUCUAACUAAACCACCCUCCGGUCAAACUAAACCACCCUCCAGUCUAACUAAACCAUCCUGCGGUCUAACUAAAUUACCCUCCUGUCUAACUAAACCACCCUCCUGUCUAACUAAACCAUCCUGCGGUCGAACUAAAUUACCCUCCGGUCAAACUAAACCACACUUCGGUGUAACGAAAUGACCCUCCUGUCUAACUAAACCAUCCUCCUGUCUAACUAAACCACCCUCCGGUCAAACUAAACCACCCUCCAGUCUAACGAAACCACCCUCCGGUCUAACUAAACCACCCUCCUGUCUAACUAAACCACCCCUCGGUCAAACUAAAUUACCCUCCGGUCAAACUAAACCACCCUCCAGUCUAACUAAAUUACCCUCCUGUCUAACUAAACCACCCUCCUGUCUAACUAAACCACCCCUCGGUCAAACUAAAUUACCCACUGGUCUAACUAAACCACCCUCCUGUCUAACUAAACCACCCCUCGGUCAAACUAAACCACCCCUCCAGUCUAACUAAAAUACCCUCCGGUCUAACGAAACCACCCUCCGGUCUAACUAAACCACCCUCCGGUCUAACUAAACCAUCCUCCAGUCUAACUAAACCACCCUCCGGUCUAACGAAAUCCCCUCCGGUCUAAUUCCACCACAUCAACUGUGUACCUUUGAAUAGCAAAUACCAGACUUUCUGUAGUUGCUGCUAAAUAAACCAAGAAACCAUGGUGAUAAGGACAAAUAAGAGGGCUAUGGAGGCUGCUCCCACUACUGCCACUCUCCACCAAUCCCCAGCCUGAUCACCAGAAAGGGGACGGAGCAGAUCAUAUCCGAAGUUAUGGUCCAAGUUAUAGAGUAUGCCAUCCAUCACAUCAUGGUUUGGAAUUGAAGGAGUGAUGGAAGAGAGGGGAACAACAUGUUAUAGACCAUAAAAACAUCGGAAAUAAAGGGCUUCUGGUGGAUUAUGGGGGAUGGAUUACUCUGCUCUUUUUCUACAUGCUCUUUUUGAGAGAGAGAGAGAGAGAGAGAGAUAGAGAGAGAGAGAGAGAUAGAGAGAGAGAGAGAGAGAGAGAGAGAUAGAGAGAGAGAGAGAGAGAGAGAGAGAGAUAGAGAGAGAGAGAGAGAGACAGAGAGAGAGAGAGAGAGAGCAAGAGAGAGACCUUUUACUAAGAGACUAGCUGCUUCUUAAGGAAGACCAACCAGAGUGAUGGCUUGAUCUUGUGUUGUACAUACAGCUGCAGAUUAUGAUUCUGUUCUAAAUGUCAGUGUGUUAUGAGGGUGAGACGUGUGUCCCCCUAGUGUGUGUCUUACAUACCAACAAAGUGAUGUAUAAAAAUCUUUCUAGCCAGCGCUGUACACGAAACAUUAUCCUACUUGUCAGACUAACUGGACUGCAAUAACAGUAAAAGGACAUCAAAGCGUGGGCUUUUAAGUUAUGUUAUUUAUGAAUGUGCCAAAUGACCAAACAGUGUGUAUGGUUGGCUUAACCCGCUGGGAUAAACAAGCUGAGAGGGUUUUGAAAAGUUGUUUUCCCUUCUUUAGGUUUUACUUCAGUCGUUACUGUAUACCCUCUAUUCUAAUUAGCUCUGAUGAGAAAACAUACAUAAACAACCUUCAUAUUUUAUACACUUUAGCUUUACAAUGUAAUUUAUGGUCAUCUUCUUCACCGGUGUUUCAAAUCGUGGUCUUUUCACCUGAUUCCUUGUGUCUAGAAUCUGAGAUCCACGGGCUAAUAAAGCUAAACAAUAUUUUGUGGCUUUUCUUCAUUCAAUUGGUUUGGACUUGGCCUAGCUCCCUCCACACGCCUUGCUGGACUAAGAGGAUGUACUAACUCUGCACUCGAUUGAGCGGCCUGGAAGAGUCUGUUCGUUCUUUCUGGGUUCUGCUAGCAGCACCGGAGGAGAGAAGACAUCAGCUGUGCUGUGUGUACAGUAUAGUCAGGAUGGGGAUGGAGAGACUCUGUGUUUUCAUGCCCACAGGGCACUCUUUCAAUCAGAAUAUCUACUGCUGAGAUUAAAUCGGAGGGAAUGUGCAGUGGGGGCUGGAAUCUGAUUGUUAUAGUCAUUGGAUGCGUUACCUCUGUUCUCGUCGUUUAUUUUACCACCACUGGUUAACCAGCAAACAGUUGUUUUCUUUGGUUUAUUUAUUCCAGCAAGUGAAACAUUUUGUCUGAACAGUAUGUGACUUUUUAUUUAAUUCAUCUAUUCUUGCAUCAUGUUUAUUCAAAACAAACACACAGAUACAUAUACAGUACACACAUGUAUGAAUACAUCAUAUUUUUCAAAAAUGUAUCUUCUUUUUAACAACUUUACUACUGACAGCCGCACAGGAAAUUAGUGCCAUAAGGAAUUGUAUGAGAGAUAGACAUUAAAAACAUUAUUAUAUUUAUUUUAACUUUGAUCAUUAUUAUUAUUCUACAGUAUUGGUGUUCUUUGCUGAACUACAAUAUUGCAUAAUCUCAGUAUUUGCAUUUUAUGAGCAACUUUCUUUGUUUCUGAGCUAUCUACGGUCAAACAUGUUUAUGUUAUUGUUUCGACUGUAUGACUAGCCAACAUAUAUGGUCAAUAAAAGGGAGUGAAAAUC